AUGAGUCCACUUGAAAUCAUCCUAGGGGUUGUCUUCUGUUCCCAGACUGCCAUUGGAAUUCUGGGAAAUUUCUUCCUAGUUUUUCUCUUCACUUUCAUGUUCCUCACUGCACACAAACUAAGGCCCAUAGACACAAUUCUCAUACAGCUGGCUUGGGCCAACUCUCUGAUGCUCCUCUUCAAGGGUGUCCCUCAGACAAUGGCUGCUUUGAGCCUGAAGAAUUUCCUAGAUGACACAGGCUGUAAAAUCAUCCUCUACCUUCUAAGAGUGGCUCGUGCUCUUUCCCUCAGCAUGACAUGCUUCCUGAGUGGCUUUCAGGCCAUCACUAUCAGCCCCAGCACUUCUAGAUACAUAAAGCUUAAAAACAGAACCCAAAAGUCCAUCAUCCCCUGCAGUGUCCUCUGCUGGAUAUCCCAUCUGAUCCUAAAUAGCAUCAUUCUUCUGACAAUUAAAGGGACAAGGACUACCAGAAACAUCUCAAACCUACUGGAUUACGGGUUCUGUUCUACUUCAACAACCUCUACCAUUACUGUUGCUCUAUCUUCAGUUGUGGCCUCCAUCCUUGAUGCUACCUGUGUAGGGCUCAUGGUUUUUGCCAGUGGCUACAUGAUGUUGCUUCUAAAAAGGCACCAAAAAAGAGUCCAGCACAUCCAUACGUCCAGCCUUUCUCCCAGAGCCUCCCCUGAAAUCAGAGCCACUCAAUACAUCCAAUUGCUGGUGAACACCUUUGUCUUCUUUUAUUUGCUCAAUUCUGUUUUAGUACUAUAUAUGCAUUUUAAAAACCCAAGACCUUGGUUACUGCACAGCUCCAACUUCCUGGCUGGCUGUUUCCCAAAUAUAUGUCCAUUUGUGCUGAUCA